UGAAUUAGUCGUGUGAAGCUCACCUAUUAUGGGGGGCGUAUGUGAUAAUUUUUCCAGUCACAGACAUCUCCGCGGAAGAUUCUUUCGGGUUUAGCUCUUUGAUUCGCUGAAAGAUUCUUUUGGGUUUCUUUCUCUCUCCUUUUUUUCAGGUGUACCCUUUAAAUCAUUUUUCUUUUCCUUUGAUCAAAGAAGAGCCAAUCGGUCUGCUUUUGAAUACCCAUUUCGCAUACAAAUUUUCACUGACAACCCUUUUCUGGAAAUUGGCCAGUAUCAAUCCUACAAUGACGGUUUCUUCGGUUGAAAACUCAGUAGACAGCGCAUCCCCUCUCUCUAGACUUGCUCCUCUCGAAGCAAUACUAUUCGACAUUGAUGGAACUCUAUGUGAUUCAGAUCCCUUUCACUACCAAGCAUACCGUGAAAUGCUUCCAGAGAUAGGUUUCAAUGGCGGGGUUCCAAUUACUCAGGAAUUUUAUGCUGAAUUUAUUUCUGGGAAGCAUAAUGAAGACGUGGCUACAUUCCUUUUCCCUGAUGAUCACCAACGGGGCAUAAAAUUCACGGAUGACAAGGAAGCCAUGUUUCGGAGAUUGGCAAAGGAUAAAAUGCAGGCUGUGAAUGGCCUAUACAAACUGAAGAAAUGGAUCGAAGAUCGUGGUUUGAGACGGGCUGCUGUUACUAAUGCUCCUAGAAAAAAUGCUGAACUGGUGAUUUCAACUCUCGGACUUUCUGAUUUCUUUGAAUUUGUUAUUUUGGGGAGCGAAUGUGAGCAUGCAAAACCGUACCCGGAUCCAUACUUGAAGGCUCUUGAACUACUCAAGGUGUCAAAAGAUCACACUUUCAUAUUUGAGGAUUCUGUUUCUGGAAUUAAAGCUGGUGUGGCAGCUGGGAUGCCGGUUGUUGGUCUGUUGACUGGAAACCCGGAGCAUUUUUUAAUGGAAGCAAAGCCUGCAUUUCUUAUAAAGAAUUUUGAAGAUCCAAAGUUGUGGGCUGCUCUGGAAGAGCUUGAUAGAAAGUCAGGUGUGACAAGAAGUGCAGCUUGAAAGAUUUAUCAUAUCGCAUUGAGCUAGGAUGAAACUAUUGAAUUACUUUGAAUAAUUAUGUUGUAGAGGAGCUGAAUGCCUCCAUCUAAUAAUCAGAAUGAAGAAAAUAUGUGAAACCAUUUCAUUGUUUUGCUUAUGAUAUGACAACAUUGGUGUUGUUGGUUGUAUCGUAAGUGAGCCGCUUAUGGCUUCUUCCUUUUUUUCUUUUUGUUUUAUUUUACUUUUUUUUUUUUUUGAAAUUGUCAGACCAUUCAUUGUAAUUUCUGCUUACAAUUUAUGUAGCAAAAACAACUUAAAUAAACUGGAGAAAAAAAGUGAUUAUCCUGAAUCUGGGAAGGGA